AUUGUAUCGAUACAUCGAUGAGCUUUUCUAUUCUCUUUUCAGAAAUUGAGACAAUCAAAUUUGUUUUCUUUUCUUCUACUUUUAUAUUUUGUAAUUAACUUAAUUUCUUUUAUUUAAAUUCUAAAAUGUCUGAACAUGAUCGAACUGUCAACAAUCUAUCUAAUAGAAUGUCCAUUUAUCGUGAUCACCACGAAGAAAAAGCGAAAAGAUAUUUAGCUACUCAUAAUUGUUUGCUUGAGAAACAACGACAAGAAACUCUGUUACUACAGCAACAGAUAUCCAAUAAAGAGAGUAAGAAAAAGUCAAAUAAAACUGGCCCAAGAUCUGGUUCUCGGUCUGUCAAGAAACUUGGUACUGUCAAUUCUGUCCAACAACAGCAAUCUUUCAUUCCUGAGAAGGUCAAGCUAGAAGAGGAAGAUCGUUCGUCUGGUAUAACAUUGACACCAACUCAUCAUCUUCCAAACUCAAACUUUAUCAACACACAAUACCAAUCACCAGAACCACAACAAUGCCAACAGCAAAUGACUAAUGCCCAUCACUCUCAUCAUCUUCAACCACAACAACUACCAAUUCAACAACUAGAGCAAUCUAAUUCGCAACCUCUCCAUUAUCAGCAAUUUCAUAACUUCCAUAAUCAAUAUUCUCAAUCUCAUCAACAUCCUAGUCCAGAUUCUCAGUAUAAUCGAUCACCACAACCACAACCACAGCCACAAACUCACCAGUUUCAAGCUCAUCCCAAUAUUUAUAAUCAUCAUAAUCAUCAUUAUGCACAAUCUCUCCAACCUCACCAAUCUCAUCAACUACAUCAUCCACAACAACAAACAUCUCAACUACAACCGCAACAUCAUUUACAACAACAUGUUCAACAUGCAAAUCCAGAGAUCCAGUAUCAAAAACCAAUCAACCAAGGCAACUAUUAUUCACAAGAAUUCAAGGAAUUGAAAGACGAAGAUCUUGCUUGUCUCGAUAACUUCAAUUCAGCUGAGCUUCCAUUAUCUGAAUUUGCUCAAACAUAUGAGCAAGAAAUUUUCUUAGAUCCAAAUUUUAUCGAGAGAUUUCUCGAUAAUAUCUAAAUCUACAGAUCUGAUUAAGAUCUUAAAUCUAUAUUAUCGAAAAAAAGCAAAAAUCUAUCCUAUCUUGACUUUUUUUCGCUCAUUUCGUGAUUUGAUCUCCAUCAAUUAAGAUUUAAAGACAUCUAAUAUAAAGAGUCACAUUGAAGAUUAUAAAUAAAAACUUGAACCAAACAAA